GUCAGCACGCCUUCUUAUUAUUCAUCCAUGUCAGCAGCUCAGCAGCAGCAGCAGCUCGCACAUCAUGGAGUAUUAAAGAAGUGAUAAACAUGGAUAAAAAGAAGAAACCCUUCAACGUGACGGCUUCAUCUCUGGUGGACCUUAAAGCUGAACUGUACAGGAAGCAGGAACAAUUCAAACAGGACAAACUUGGGCAUGAAAACACAGGAGCUGGGUUCACAUCAAGAGCCAAAGUCAAGAAACCUAAUGUCUGGAUCAAACAAAACACUGGAGUCUCAGCAAGAGCUGAGAAAGAUGCGGAGCAGCUGUCUGAGGAGCAGAGCAGUCUGGAUACCUCAAAACGCAAGCUAGAGGAGAAGGCCAAACUCUACGAGCAAAUGACAAAAGGAGACUUUCCAGAUGAAGAGACAGAAGGACUGUUCCUGGUGGAUUUCACCCAGAAGAUUAUUGACAAAAAGAGAGAAACGCUAGCACAGAAAAGCGAAAGAGAGGAUGAGGAAAGAGGAAAUAGGUCUCCUGUCCCUCCUCCUGAAAACCCAAAUGAGGAAUGGGUGGAUUAUGAGGAUGCUUUGGGCCGAUCUCGGAGAUGCAUGAAGAAAGACCUGCCUGGGUUUGAGAAAUUGGACCAAAACCUUUACGGAAAAGCAAAAGCCUCUGCUGAUAAGACCUUACUCUCGGAGGACAUGCGCCGAGAGCUGCAGAGGCAGGAGUGGGAGAUGGAGGAAGAGGAGGCCAUGAAGAAGCCUGUCGGACCCAUCCACUACGAGGAUAUCAGAGGACAAGAGGCUCGGGAUCUCGGUGUGGGUUACUUUGCGUUCGCUCAUGAUGCCGAGCAGCGCAGGAAGCAGAGAGAAACUCUGGACAUGCUCAGAGACCAGACAACCGAGCAGCGCACUAAGAGGGAACAGCUGAAGGACAAGAGGCAGGCCAUCCUGAAGGCUCGAUUGGCUAAAGUGAGGACUAGGAAGACGAAGAAGGCCAAGCUGGAUGGCACGGAGGACGAGGACAAUGAAGGAGGGGACGACGAAGGCGACUUGAUAGGUCCCCCGGCUCCACCAGAGGAGGUACCAGAGGUCAGCAGAGCGAGGAAGGUGGAAGUUGAGAUCCAGGAAAGGAAGGACUCCAAACCAGGAGUUCCUCAUGUCAGGGAAUGGGACAGAGGCAAAGAGUCCAUGUUUAACGAGUGGACAUCUCGGCGUCGCGAUGAGCGAGAGUCAGAAUUCGCCCCUCCCACUGCGUACUUUUCUGAGUGGAAGAGAGAGCGAUCGGUGAAGGUUAAAACUCAGGAGAGUAAAUCCAAGAUGUCCUUCAAGUGGAGCAAAGGCCCAGAAGAGGUCUUUGAGAGCAAAGAGAAGCCACUUCCUCCGCCAAAAACUGCCCCCUCACCUCCUGCCCCUCAACCACCUCCCCCACCUCCUCCACAGCCACAGACUCCAUCACAGGCUUCACCUUCAGGUCCUCCAGCAGAGCCCGCUCCGGUGUCUGCUCCUCCCUUUAAUCCCCAGUUUCCCCCUCAUUAUCCUCAGUUUCCUCGUCCACCUCCUCCUCAGUUUGCUGGACCGCCUCACAUGUAUCCCCCCCAGUACCCAAACCAGUAUUACAACCAAUAUCCGUCCCAAUAUCCUCCACAAUAUCCUCCACAAUAUCCUCCACAAUAUCCUCCACAAUAUCCUCCACAAUAUCCAACACAUUAUGCUCCCCAAUAUGCUCCUCAGUUUCCUUCCCAGGUUCCUUCCCAGGUUCCUUCCCAGGUUCCUCCUCAGGUUCCUCCUCAGGUUCCUCCCCAGGUUCCUCCUCAGGUUCCUCCUCAGGUUCCUCCUCAGGUUCCUCCUCAGGUUCCUCCUCAGGUUCCUCCUCAGCAGCAGAGCCAGUCUCAGCCUGAGCAGCCUGAGCAGAGUAUGGAUGAAAUGCUGUCCUUCUACAGGAGCAUUACCUGAUAUCUAAAUGAUUCUACUUGCUGUGUAGUUUGGAUUUAGAGUGUAAAUACUGCUGUCUAAUUUUUUUUAACAACAUUUUAGAAACAAUAAACACAUUGCCUCAGAUCUUUGCAGUUUCAGCAUGUAAUAAACACAAGGAAUACUGUAACUGGUUUUUUUCUGACAAUUAAUUUAAUUCAGUUUAUACAGUUUAAAAUCUUAUAAAGCUUCGCCUUCUGAGGAUCUAUUGUAAUGGUGAGAAAGCAUAACAUGAAAAGGUUACUCCUGGUUUAAAUAUUUAAGAUAUUUGAAAGUCUAGAGAGGAUUGUGCAGUAUGAAAAUAUCCACCAGAUGGUACUGUACACUUUCAUGUGGAGAAAAUAUCUGCAAGUGGCCGAACUGUACAGCUGUGAUAUAUCUGAACUGUGAAAGGACAUUCAUCUACAGCUGCUGUUAUUUUAAUGAACAUCAAUCUGCUGAUAAUUUCUCCCAUUAAAUAAACAGUUGUUAUGUCUAUCUAAAA